AUGAGUGGAUUAAUCGAAGCAAGUCUUCUUAAAGCUAAUAUGGUGAUGGAUCAAUUUCAAGUUUUGGUAGCAGCCAACAAAGCAGUCCACCUUCAACGUACAAACUCAAUGGUAACAAAGAAUGUGCAAUCAGAGAUUUUAUAUAGUCUUUCAUCAAGCAAAAAUAUUUCUGAAUCUUUUCGAUCUUUUGGUGCAUCAGAUUCAGACAAAAGUGUGUUUGUAGCUAUUGUGGAUGACACUGAUUUCAAUACAUUGAACAAAAUAUCUGAAUUGCUUGGGAAAGAUCCAUCUGAUUUAGAUCAACUUCCGAAAAUAGCAGACACAAAAUUAAUCACAAAGGUAUAUAAACUAACAGAAGAGGAGUUUUCAAACUUUUCUUUACUGGAUUCUCUUGUGGCCAGCAUAUCUUCGAAAGAAAUAAUAACAGCAGGGAAAGGAAAAGACUAA